CCGUUGCAGAGAUGCUGGGGCAUCCUGUGCCGAGGCGAGCGCAAGCUUCUCGGCGUCCUGUAAGACACGGUGGCGGUGCGAGACGCAGCAUUUCUGGUCUCCGCCGUGACGAAGAAGGCCGUUGACAACCGACGGAAGUCCGGAAGAUCGCAAGUCGGACGCUAUAUUGGGGAUCCUGCCAUGUCAUUUUGAAGAUUGCAUGGGCGAUCCGGUCCUGUGUCAGUACGCGCCGCGGGGCAAGUGCCAGGAGCCGCGGGCGCGCAAGCCCAACGGCCAGCUCCACUCACUCUGUGCGCACCACCGCGCGAGGCAGAACGCCAACCAGCGACGCCGCGAUACCAAGCUCCGGCGCCUCAAGACAAAUAUGUGCCACGACCGACCGCUCUUGCUGCCGUACGCCGUGGCCGCGCCGCCAACGUAUGCUCGGGACACACCGCGCCUCCCGCCUAUUCGCUUCCUCUUGCACCGCCAUGAUGGGAUGCCGCACCCCGUGUGCUCGGCCUUGUCCCCGUACAACGUGCACGCUUAGCGCAGUGCAUCGCAGCGAACUCACGCAUGGUUAAUGGAAACGUGUUAUCGAAUCGUC